AUGAAGCGAAAAUCAGAUUCUUUCCAGAAGCCAGCAUGCAAGAAGGGCAAAGUUUGGAAUCCUGCUAAUCAAUACCAUUGCACCUCUGGAUCAGAGCAUCUUGAUCUACAGGCCCAAACUGCCAUGCUUGCAUUCCAUCAAGGGUAUUUUCAAAUCGCCCUCGAAAGUUUUACCCACAUUUACCAAGCAAUCUACCAAAACUCACCGCAUGACUCGCCUCAAAAACACACAUUCUUCAUUCACAUUAUCGGAGAUAUCUCCCGGUGUCAGCUAGCAUUACUCGCACCAGAUGAAGCCAUGGAAAUUCUCUCGCCAUGCUAUAAAUGGGGCUAUCAAACCAGCAUCUCUUGGGGACAUCAGUUAUGGGGAGAAGUAUCAUCCUUGGUUGCAGCAUCUCGAAAGCUGAUUGGCCAGAAGGAGCUCGUAAAAACCAUGCUCAAUAACGAACAAUGGAAGGAGGCAGUGGAAGUAAUUUCUGAUGUAGCACAGGAGCGGCGUAAUAAAUUUCCAAAGGCAACUCCUCAGCUAAAUGGAUUUUGGUCAGUUUCAAAUGCCGAAGCUCUGAUGUGGCUUGGUCAUAGAAGCUUGGCUAGGAAAGAAACUUUGUGA